AUGCGCCCAUUGGGAGCUGUGGGCGCCGCGCUGCACGCGUCCCUGCUGGUGCUGCUGGCUCACGGGACGCACAGGGCCAGAGAUGGAGAUCCGGGGAGUCCCCUGCACCGGCUGUCUUUCCUGGACCGAGCCAUGGGACAUCAUCUGCCAACUUAUAUGAUGCACCUUUACCGGAAUUUCAGGUCAAACUUUUCCAGAUCCCUGGACGCUUUGGAGCAAGACGCGGCGAAGCAAGCAGACACAGUGAAGAGUGUGAUGGCUAAAAGUUUGAUAUAUAGGCAGCCGCACUGGGCAGUGACCUUUGACCUCCACGCCCUGCUGGCCGACAGGCACAUCCAGGCAGCAGAGCUGAGACUGAGGCUUCCCCAGAUAGCGAAUGCUUCCACGGUUACUGUGGAGGUGUAUCACCAGCGUGGCCGCGACCAGGAGCUGGUGGAGCUGCUCACCGACAGGUCGCUGGUCCCGCCAGCACAGAGCUGGAGAGUUUUCAACAUGACGAGUCCUCUCCUGAGCUGGAUCAGGCAGAAAUCUGCGGCCAGAAAUCGACGGAGGCAGCCGAAAAGACGAAGACCGAUACGGAGAGCGAGAAGUCUAUUUCUUGCUGACCUGCCUCUUCAUGUGGCAACCUUGAGAAGAGAGCAGGGCGUGAGUGACCGUGCUCUGCUGGUUAUCUUCUCACACACAGGAAGUGACAAGAAGUCAAAGGCUAAAGCGAGCUUGCUCCACACAGCCGAGCAGUCCAAAUUCUUGUCGCCUGCUGAUGUGAAAAAGGCCCCCUGGCCAAAGAGGCGCAGGAGCAAACGGGGCCAGGGAGAACCGACUGUAAGAAGCAUACAGGCGUCCAGAAAGGGGAGCGAGAAGUCCUUCUGUCGCAAAAUGGACCUGCAUAUUGAUUUUAAUGUAAUAGGCUGGGGUUCCUGGAUCGUCUUUCCGAAGAAAUACAAUGCGUACCGCUGUGAAGGGUCUUGCCCCGGUCCUCUGGGAGAGGCCAUGAAUCCAACUAACCAUGCCUACAUGCAGAGUCUACUGAAACACUACCACCCCGACAGAGUGCCUCCCCCGUGCUGCGCUCCGACCAAGAUGAGCCCGUUGAGCAUGCUCUACUACGAGAACGGGGAAAUGCUCCUCCGACACCACGAAGACAUGGUCGUGGACGAGUGUGGCUGCCAGUGA